AUGCCUGGGGUUCGUGAUCGUCGACAGGUGGACAGCAACAGCGACUUCGAAGAGGAAACAACUGUCCUGGAUGAGGUCCAGUUGGAUGUGCCAUUGGAUGAUGUGCCAGAUGUUCCACAGCUGCCAUUCCUCCCUGAUGUCCAGAAUGCUGCUAUCAUCCAUGAGGAUGUGCCAGAUGUGCAGACUAUCCUUGAGAACAAUGCCGAUCCGGUGGUUAAAGCUUGGAGAACUUUCCAGUUCAUCAGCCCCAUCAUCACGUACAUGCGUGGGGGAUCCCAGCAGGUGGUGGUGAGGAUGCACCACGUGAGUAGGGUGAGAGGCCUGGAGACUCAACUGGUGUGGGCCAUCUCCAAGGAGACAGCCAGGCUUAGUCCAGAGGGCAUCCCCUACUGUGCCACCAAAGUGCAGUCCAUCACUUGGAUCCAGCGUGUGGCUGGCAGGGUGACCCACUAUGCGUCUCACCUCCGCCACGAGACGUCUGUGGACGUGACGCUUGGCUGCUACCAGCAGACUGAUGUCUCAGUGGUGUACGCCACUCUCCACAUGGGGCUGGACGGGCUUCUCUCCUCUUCAGCGUGGUCGGAGGCUGCCUCCUUCUCUACGCCCACCACUCAGCAGUUCACUGACCCAGAGCCUGAGGGCCACAACUGCUAUGAGGGCUGGGAGGAGGACCUGCUGCCUGAGGAGAGGGAGGUUCCUCUGCUAAACCUCUACCUUACCACCAAGAGAGUGGAGGACAUCGCCCUGAGGCUCGUCUCCCUGCGCCAGGCCUUCACUACCCUGCUUGGUUCCACCCUGAGCAGGAACCAUCUGUUUGUGGCGGGAAAGGUCCUCCUGGGCGCACUGGUUCAGGCCAACCACAUGGACGAGGCCAAGUUCAUCCUUACCUAUAACGACUUUGUGGACUACCUGAGUGACCCCUCCAAGCGGAAUGACAUUGCGAGGGAGCUGGCUGAGGCAAAGAUCCAUCAUGUGAACAUGAUAGAUGUCCUCUUUGAGCUGGUGCUGUUUUGUUGA